UGACGUUUAACACAAAGCAGAAGAUUUUUGACUGGCGCGACAAGACAUUUUAAUUUUUUAACUAGUCGCUUCUCAUUAAAAAAACCAUAAUGGCCCCAAAAAUGAAGUUUCAAGAAGGUGAAAAAGUUCUGUGUUUUCAUGGCCCUCUGCUUUAUGAAGCCAAGUGUGUUAAGUAUGAAAUUAAAGACAAGGGUGUGCGGUACUUUAUUCACUACAAUGGCUGGAAUAAGAACUGGGAUGAAUGGGUCCCGGAGAGUCGUGUUGUCAAGUGUAAUGAUGCUGGGAUGCAGAAGCAGAAAGAGCUGAUGAAGGCUCAUGGAAACUCCUACAAAAGAACAUACAACAAAGGUGCUAAAAGUAAAGAGAAGGAAGUGAAGAAACUCGAGAAGGAAGGCAAGAAACAGGAGAAAGAAAGUAAGAAGCAGGACAAACAGGAGAAGGAGAUGAAGAAACAGGAAAAGGAGACCAAGAAGCAGGAAAAGCAGGAGAAAGAACAGGACAAACAGGAGAAAGAAGCAGUGGCCACUCCAGUGGCCGUUCCAGAGAAAGUCAAACAAAAAGUUUCCCGAUCAGCCACGCCUACUCCUGCAGCAGCAGAGCCUCCGAAGUCGGAACCGGCAGCUCCUAUUGGGACGGAACCGAAACGGAAACGACUCCGACCAGACCCAACUGUCGAGUCGGAAGAGGCGUACAUGGCAAAAAUUGAUGUGAAGAUUAAAAUACCCGAUGAACUGAAGCCCUGGCUGGUAGAUGACUGGGAUCUUAUUACACGACAGAAAAUGUUGUUGACUCUGCCGUGUCGUAGGACCGUUGACCAGAUCCUGGAAGAUUUUCUCAAAUCAAAAACAGCUAAGGGAACUCCCGCAAGCAAAGAUGCCUACGUAGAGCUGUCAUUAGGUAUCAAGGAAUACUUUAACGUGAUGCUGGGUACACAGUUGCUGUACAAGUUUGAACGUCCACAGUAUGGGGAGAUUGUCAAUGAAAAAGGUGAAACCCCUGUUACCAUGUCAAGUAUAUAUGGUGCAACACAUUUACUACGCCUCUUUGUGAAACUGGGAGGCCAAUUGGCCUAUACGUCUCUGGAUGAGAAGAGCAUGCAGCUUCUUCUUAAUCAUAUCAAUGAAUUUGUUAAAUACUUGCAGAAGAAUAGCUCUUCCUUGUUUAGUCUAAAUGACUAUCACGUAGCACCCCCAGAAUAUCACAGAAAAGCAAUAUGAUGUUGGCUUCAACAUUGAAAGAGAACUGUUGGGUUUGGCAUUCCAGAAGAAUCGAUGGGAAAUCCUUUUGACAUGGUGGAGAAGAGAACGUAGUAUUUUCAAAAAGUAUAGUGUGUGAAUAUGACAGAAAACUAAUAUGAUGUUGGCUUCAACACUGAAAGAGAACUGUUGGGUUUGGCAUUCCAGAAGAAUUGAUGGGAAAUCCUUUUGACAUUUUGAAGAAGAGAAGAUUCAUCGACCAUCAGCAAUUUUGUAAUUUGGAUGUACACAACCACUAUUUAGAACUACAGUGUGUUUGUGCAAAACGUACUAUUGUCCAAAACUAUAGUGUGUUAAUGCAAAACAUACUACUGUCCAAAACUAUAGUGUGUUAAUGCAAAACACACUGCUGUCCAAAACUAUAGUGUGUUAAUGCAAAACAUACUGUUGUCAAAACUAUAGUGUGUUAAUGCAAAACAUACUGUUGUCCAAAACUAGUGUUAAUGCAAAACAUACUGUUGUCCAAAACUAGUGUGUUAAUGCAAAACAUACUGUUGUCCAAAACUAUAGUGUGUUAAUGCAAAACAUACUAUUGUCCAAAACUAUAAGUGUGUUAAUGCAAAACAUACUGUUGUCCAAAACUAUAGUGUUAAUGCAAAACAUACUAUUCUCAAAAAAAAUUAGUGUUAAUGCAAAACAUACUACUGUCCAAAGCUCUAGUGUGCUAAUGCAACACGUACUAUUGUCCAAAACUAUAGGGUGUGAAUGCAAAACAUACUGUUGUCCAAAACUAUAGUGUGUUAAUGCAAAACGUACUGUUGUCCAAAACUAUAGUGUGUUAAUGCAAAACGUACUAUUUUCAAAAACUAUAGUGUGUGAAUGCAAAACAUACUUGACAAACAUACAGACUGUAAAAGAUGGUUCAUAUUGAAUUGUGUUGGAAUGAAUUAGUAUCCCCAACUGGAUCAUGGAGUCGGUAGGUGGUGAGCCCAGUGCCAUGACCUGGUCAAGGAAGGAAUGUUUUCAUUUAAUGGCACACCAUUCAACACAUUUUAAUUAGUUCUAGAGCGUUGUAAACCUGAUCAAUGACUAAUGAAAUAGUUUAGUGGCACUAUUAGUUACAUCUGUUGGGCUCAUCAAGUUAUCGUGUGUUGGAUAGCAAUGUUCCAGUGAUCAAUUAUGAUCGAAAAUGGAUUGGUUAGGCUCCACCGAUGUGAUGAUGAAUUAUAAAAAUCCAUAAUUGGUCGUCGCAAAAAAUAUUAACUAAUUAAUUAUCGUGUUUUUGAGGGCCCAGUAUUUCAUGCAAACAAUCAGUUUCUUUGCAUGUCGGUAAACCGGCUUUUAAUAUACGCAAACCUCCAAUCCAUUGCAUGGUGAACUGUCAAGUUUCAAAAAUUAAGCUUCAAAUUUAAGGAUCACCAGAACUUUAUUCCAUAUUAUGUUUUUUAUUGUCUAUGUAAUUGAACAGUCAGUUACCCAGGUGAAAAUCAUGUGACCAGUGUUCCGGUUAUCCAAGCUUUUGAAAUAUUGUCCUUGCUGGUUAAUAUUAAAGUGUCUUAAAAUAAGGUUUUAAAAAUCAAAAUGAAACUGCCAUGCAUGUCGAAAGUCAUCACAUUCCGAAAUAAAUUGAUGCAUGGAAA